UCUGUGUGGCCGCGGCCAUGAAGCCGCAGCCGCCGGGCUAGGCCCCGGGCGGCUCUAGCCCAGGGUGGCCCGUGGAGGGCCGAGCCCAGCCCCGGCUCCGGUUCCCGGGCCGGCGGGCGGCUGCUCACCAUGCCGGGCAAACACCAGCACUUCCAGGAACCCGAAGUCGGCUGCUGCGGGAAAUACUUCCUGUUUGGCUUCAACAUUGUCUUCUGGGUGCUGGGAGCCCUGUUCCUGGCCAUUGGCCUCUGGGCCUGGGGUGAGAAGGGCGUUCUCUCCAAUAUCUCGGCGCUCACAGAUCUGGGAGGCCUCGACCCCGUGUGGCUCUUUGUAGUGGUUGGAGGCAUCAUGUCGGUGCUGGGCUUUGCCGGCUGCAUCGGGGCCCUCCGGGAGAACACCUUCCUGCUCAAGUUUUUCUCAGUAUUCCUCGGCCUCAUCUUCUUCCUGGAGCUAGCAACAGGGAUCCUAGCCUUCGUAUUCAAGGACUGGAUUCGAGACCAGCUCAAUUUCUUCAUCAACAACAAUGUCAAGGCCUAUCGGGACGACAUUGACCUCCAGAACCUCAUUGACUUUGCUCAGGAAUAUUGGUCUUGCUGCGGAGCCCGAGGGCCUAAUGACUGGAACCUCAAUAUCUAUUUCAACUGCACUGACUUGAACCCGAGCCGGGAGCGCUGCGGGGUGCCCUUCUCCUGCUGCGUCAGGGACCCUGCGGAAGAUGUCCUCAACACCCAGUGUGGCUAUGAUGUCCGGCUCAAACUGGAGCUGGAGCAGCAGGGCUCCAUCCACACCAAAGGCUGUGUGGGCCAGUUUGAGAAGUGGCUGCAGGACAACCUGAUCGUUGUGGCUGGGGUCUUUGUGGGCAUCGCUCUCCUCCAGAUCUUUGGUAUCUGCCUGGCCCAGAACCUUGUGAGUGACAUCAAGGCAGUGAAGGCCAACUGGAUCAAACAUGAUGAUGGCUACAAACUACUCAAAUAAACAAAACCUUGAAAACCACUGGCUUACGCCCACCAUCUCAGAGGCUCUGUCAGCUGCAGGGCCUCAGCAGUGCUGUCUGCCUGGGGCCCCGGCCUGGACCCACCCUGCCAACGUGUUUUCUUGACCUGGAUAGUGUAUACAUUGAGCCAACCUUUAAAACUUGGUAUAUUUCACUUAAAAGUCCAGAUCCCCAGCAUCUUGUGAAGAAUGGCCAUCUGGCCACAGCGGCUCUUCAGUGGCAUUGGCUCCUGGGACGUGCGCUUCCCGCUCUCUGAGGGACCCACCUGGCCUGUUCUGCUCACUUAAGUGCCCUGCCUGCCUGACCCUGUAGGCUGGGAAUUGGCCUCCCCCACCUCUGCAAGUUUUUCCCCUGCGAAUGCUGCCAGGCUGCUGUGGGCCAAACGUGGAUCGAAGCCUGGGAGAGUGAAGAAUAGGGAGGCUGGAGCCUGCCUGGAAGAGGCCAUAGCCUGGGAAGGGUCCGGUCCUCCUGGGGGCUAAGAUGGGUGCCAGCGUGCCCAGGAGAGUGGCUGAUGGUUGGGAUGGAGAUCAGGAAGGUUUUGGGCAAGCGGAAGCUGGAAGCCUGAGCUUGGCACCGGUGGGGGAACCAGGUUUGGAGGCCAUUGAUGGUUGACUCCUAGGCUCACUUGGAAUCUACUUCAGUCUCCCCGGUGGCCUGGAGAGGUGCCUCCUGGCCACUAGAGGGCGCGCCAGCACAGCUUUACCUGGAUCUGGCUUUCCUAGGGCAACCCCACCCAGGUACAGCCCUGCGCCUGGUGUGUCCACCCUGCUUACUAGUUCUUUGGGUUUCAGGGAAUUUACAGACUUCUCAAGGAGCAAACUGGCUCAGAUUUAGGAAGUCUGGCUACUGUUCUCAGAUCUGCACAAAGGGGUAUGUGUCGAGUGAGCAUUUGUGGAAGAAAGGAGACGUUUGGGCUAGUGCACAGAUCACCAACUUAGAUGCCCUCAGGGCCAGGUGGGUUAUAAAAAUAAAGGAGGCCUUUGAGUUGUGAGGUCUUUGCAGUGCGACUCUAAUUUUUCCCACUAUUCCUGGAGAUGGGAUAUGGAGAGACAUUGCUUUGUGAUAUUUUGCAUGAUUGAGUCUGAGUCGCUAAUGGCAACUGGCCUUGAGUGACAAUAAGAUGUGGUGGGGACUGUGGCAAAGCACAGAUUCCCACCUGAAAUUGGUGGCUGUCCUUCAGUUGUAGCUAAUUGCCGUAUUGUAGGUACGGGAAUGUAGGUAGGUCUAACGCGAGAAAUCUGGAGAAGCCAAAAAGCUAGAUUUUUAUGUGAAGUAUUCCGAUUUUUUAGUUGUUGGCAACUAAUGAAAAAACAUCUUAAACCCUGCUAAUCGAACAAAAGGUGUGGGGGCCAGCUGUGGCCCCCCUGCCACCGUAGAUCCCUCUGGGACAGUCCCCCAUGGAGGCCCUGGGGACUCCACCGUUCAGGAAUGCUGGGAGCUGCUGCAGGUGGGCAGGGUGUGGGGCAGGUGCCCAGCAUCGUGGCUCACGAUGGGCCCAUCCAGGUGCAGGCUGGGCGGUGUCCUCGGGUCUCUGAAAGACACGGGCUGUGGGUGGUCUCUACAUGCUACAAUAAACGCGGCUCACAAUAUUGUGCA